GCCCGAGGGGACCCCUUUCGAGGACGGAACUUUCAAACUUACAAUAGAAUUCACAGAAGAAUAUCCGAAUAAGCCACCUACUGUUAGAUUUGUCUCUAAAAUGUUUCAUCCAAAUGUCUAUGCAGAUGGUAGUAUAUGUCUGGAUAUUCUUCAGAAUCGUUGGAGUCCCACUUACGAUGUCUCCUCCAUCUUAACAUCCAUACAG